CCACAGCAGCCCCCGCAAUAAUCUAUUAUUACUGUCUGACCCGACGCGCGCUUUUCUUCGAUCGAUUGAGCGUCUCUGUUCCUCUUCCAACAUGGCGGCGACUCAAGCGACGAAUCCUUCGCAGCUGCUCCCUCUUGAGCUGGUGGACAAGUGCAUCGGCUCCCGCAUCCACAUCGUCAUGAAGAACGACAAGGAGAUUGUCGGCACACUGCUGGGCUUCGACGACUUUGUCAACAUGGUGCUUGAGGAUGUGACAGAAUUUGAGAUUACACCUGAAGGAAGGCGGAUUACCAAACUCGACCAGAUCUUGCUCAACGGAAAUAACAUCACCAUGUUGAUUCCUGGAGGUGAAGGACCUGAAGUUUGACAAGACUGAUGUUCUGUUGGCCCUUUUUACUGUGUUUUGAGGACGUUUUGGUCCCAUUUCAUUCAUUUUGGUUUUAGUUUUCUUUGGAUUGACAAGGAAUUGUUUUGUAAUGAGAGAGCUGUUGAUUUGUGUUGUAUAGAUUGAGAUGAAGACAAAUGUGCAGUGUAAAUGUACAUUUCUUUGUUAUAAAUAAAAUGCAUUAAAAAUGCA